UAGCACAAAGACAAGACACAGCCCUCCCUCACUUCUAGAAAUCUCUGUCCCUGCCCAUGGAAUCUCCCUGCUGGUUAGUCAUGAAAAGUCCAUGAAGGGCCCGGACCAUUUGCAUAGCAGCAAAGCCAACUUUGGCCACAUCUCCUAAGCCAUCUCAGGGUCUGGCUCAGCUAUUGCAUCACAUGCCUCCAAAAGGUGGAGAAACUGAGAACAUCUGCUGCCACCUGGAUUUGCCUGGACACUGCCUGGGACACCUGGCUCUAAUCCUCACACAUCAUCACCCCAGGAGGACUCUCACUGCAUGGUGACAUCCAAAGGUGUCUUAGGAGGUGGCCUGCUCCAGGAGUUUCAGGGAAGCCUUACUGGAGGUUUCUGUGGAGUGCAGGGCAUUCCUGCCUAUCUAUAUAGCUGUUUUCAGGCGCCACCUUCCAGGGAAGGUGUGGAGCUCUACUGUGCGAGCCAUGAAGAAUCGGUUUGUGGUGCUGGGCCUGGUGGCCGUGGUUCUGGUAUUUGUCAUCAUCAGCCUGUGCAUCUGGCUGCCCUACACUUCUAGGAAGCCGGACCAUGUGUACUCCAGGGCAGCAGUGGCCACAGACGCCAAGCGCUGUUCAGAGAUUGGAAGGGACAUGCUACAGGAAGGUGGCUCCGUGGUGGAUGCAGCCAUCGCAAGCCUGCUGUGCAUGGGGCUCAUAAAUGCUCAUAGCAUGGGCAUCGGGGGCGGCCUGUUCUUCACCAUCUACAACAGCACCACACGGAAAGCCGAGGUUAUCAAUGCCCGUGAGGUAGCUCCCAGGCUGGCCAGCGUCAACAUGUUCAACAGCUCGAGAGACUCUGAAGAAGGUGGCCUUUCAGUGGCAGUUCCUGGUGAAAUCCGUGGCUACCAGCUAGCACACCAACGGCAUGGGCGACUACCCUGGGCUCGCCUCUUCCAGCCCAGCAUUGAGCUGGCCCGCCAUGGCUUCCCUGUGGGCAAGAGCUUGGGAAUGGCCCUGGAGAAAAAACGAGAAGUCAUUGAGCAGACACCUGCCUUGUGCGAGGUGUUCUGCCGGCAAGGAAAGGUGCUUCGGGAAGGAGAGAUAGUGACUAUGCCAAGGCUGGCAAAUACGUUGCAGGUACUGGCCCAGGAAGGUGCCCAGGCCUUCUACAAUGGGAGCCUCACAGCCCAGAUUGUGAAGGACAUUCAGGAGGCUGGAGGCAUUAUGACAGCUGAGGACCUGAAUAACUACCGUGCUGAGCUGAUUGAAGAUCCGAUGAGCGUCAGCCUUGGGGACUUGACACUGUAUGUGCCCAGUGCCCCACUCAGCGGGCCAGUCCUGGUUCUCAUCUUGAAUAUCCUCAAAGGAUACAACUUCUCUCCGAAGAGUGUGGCAACUCCCGAGCAGAAGGCACUGACGUAUCACCGUAUCGUGGAGGCCUUUCGGUUUGCCUAUGCCAAGAGGACCCUGCUUGGUGAUCCAAAGUUUGUCAGUGUGUCUCAGGUGAUCCGCAACAUGAGCUCCGAGUUCUUUGCUGCUCAGCUUCAAGCCCGUAUCUCCGAUGGAACCACUCAUCCAACCUCCUACUAUGAUCCUGAAUUCUACAGUCCUCAUGACGGGGGCACUGCUCACCUGUCUGUGGUUUCGGAGGAUGGCAGUGCUGUGUCUGCCACCAGCACCAUCAACCUCUAUUUUGGCUCCAAGGUCCUUUCUCGGGACAGUGGGAUCCUGUUUAAUAACGAGAUGGAUGACUUCAGCUCACCCAACUUCAUCAACCAGUUUGGGGUACCCCCCUCACCAGCCAACUUCAUCAGUCCAGGGAAGCAGCCACUUUCAUCUAUGUGCCCCUCAAUCAUUGUGGACAAGGACGGCAAGGUGCAGCUGGUGGUGGGAGCCUCGGGAGGGACGCAGAUCACCACAUCCACCGCACUGGUAUACGCGUCUUGCCUAACCCUUCCUGCCUCCAUCUCUCUCUGCCCUUGCUCCGGGGGCUGUGCUGACAUCUUGGCUAUCCUUUCCCGCCAGGCCAUCAUCAACAACCUGUGGUUUGGCUAUGACGUGAAGAGAGCAGUGGAAGAGCCCCGACUGCACAACCAGCUUUUGCCCAACACCACAACUAUAGAGAAAGACAUUGAUCCGGCGGUGGUUGCAGGCCUGAAGGAACGGAACCACUACACAGAGGUCACACCCACCUAUAUCGCUGUGGUUCAGGCCGUUGCGCGAACAUCCAGGGGUUGGGCGGCUGCCUCAGACUCCAGGAAAGGCGGGGAGCCAGCAGGCUACUGAGCGCUCAGAAGGGGCAAGACAGACCUGCCAUCCAGAGACGAGACACUGACCGGGAACAGGAGUGGGACUUUGGAGGACAUGCUGUCCCUGAGUGGGACCGAGCGAGCAGCAGAAUAAAUGGGAUCAGCUGCCAAGCUCCGGGAAGUCUUGCUGGUUGGACUUCUCACA